CCUGCCAGGCCGUCGGUGACGCGCUACGCCUGCGCCGCCACGCCGGCCCCGUGACGUCAUGGCGCCCGCGCCGCCGCCGUCAUCGCCGUGGCGUAGGUCUUUUCCUAGUAACUUGGGAGAUAGCUGCCUGGACCAGACCUGUUUCGGAAGGGAUGCUGAAGACAGUGAGUGGAAGACAAAAUGACCGUGGGCAAUCCAUGGCCUCUCCAGCUGUACCAGUCUGUCAUUUUGCUACCAAGAAAGCCAAAGCCAAAGGGAAAGGACAAAUCCAAACCAGAGUGAAUCUUAAUGCUGCCUUGGUUGAGGAUAUAAUCAGCUUGGAAGAGGUGGAUGAAGAAAUGAAGUCUGUGAUGGAAGUACUCAAAGAUAAUUUCAAUAAGACUAUCAAUAUAAGGACCUCACCAGGAUCCCUUGAUCAUAUCACUGUGGUAACUGCUGAUGGGAAGCUUGCUUUAAACCAGAUUGGCCAGAUCUCUAUGAAGUCACCACAGCUGAUUUUGGUGAAUAUGGCCAGCUUCCCAGAGUGUACAGCUGCAGCUGUCGAGGCUAUAAGAGAAAGUGGGAUGAAUCUGAACCCAGAAGUGGAAGGGGCACUGAUUCGGGUACCCAUUCCCAGAGUAACCAGGGAGCACAGGGAAAUGCUGGUGAAACUGGCCAAACAGAACACCAACAAGGCCAAGGAUUCCUUACGGAAAGUUCGUACCAAUGCAAUGAAUAAGCUGAAGAAAUCAAAGGACAAAGUCUCGGAGGACACCAUUAGGCUCAUAGAGAAACAGAUCAGUCAAAUGGCCGACGACACCGUUGCAGAGCUGGACAGGCAUCUAGCAGUGAAGACCAAAGAACUCCUUGGAUGAGAGUCCACCCGGGGCAGCAGUACUCCAGAGCCCAGAUUCUGGUGGAUCCCAUGGGUGGCAAAUUGCCCCCUCUCUUCUCUGUCCACACAGAAGGCUGUCACCAUGCAGCUGUCGGUGUUUAUGAGGCUCAGCCUUCUAGUGGGACACCCAGACUUGUGCAUUCUCUUCCUCCUUUACCCUGUCCACCCCAUUCUCCUCUGGCCCUCUGCCUUGGGUGGCCCUCAGAGUAUCCGCUGUGACGGAUGGCCUCUACUUAGGGCAUUUGCCCUGAUCAUGACAUUGCCAAGCAACUAGGACUAUUGGCAGGUUCAGCACUGCCUGCUUCUCAUCUCGAGAGCUUCCUUUUCAAUUAGUUGGGCCCCAUCCCCAACUUUGAACUCUGGGUUGAUGUGGGCCUUCACCUGUGACUGGAUCUCUUUGCUAGAGGCCCAUUUUUACCUAACAAUAAAAUCAAAAUAAAUUGGAAAGAAUAACCACCACAAAGGAAUGGAUAGAGUCAGUCUGGAUUCAUAUUCUCUAAGGACCUGUAUGUAAAGCCACCAGAACAACACUUUUGCCUCUGAGUCACCCUCACACAUGCUCUUUCCUCUGCCUGGACCAUUCUGCCCCUGCUGACCUACCUGGCCAGUCCUGUUCAUCCUUCAGGUCUCAGCUUGGGUAUCACCUCCUCUGGGAAGUCUUCCCUUUUCCCCCAGGCUAGGACUCCUAUCCUUGGCUCUCAGCACUGUCCACGGCUUUUAACUGAACCUUCACUAUUCUUUUUGAUAAUUAGUCUGUAUAUCUUUAUUUUUCUCAGAACUUGACAUAAUGCCUGGAACAUAGGAAGCAUUCACAUGUGUUGUAAAUGAAUCGUACAAAGUAGCUGCUCACAAAUCCUGGCUUCUUUUCCUUUCUUUCCAGUCAUAACACCACCACUCUGUCAUUUUCCACUAUUGCCUUUGUCCUCAACAUUUACUUGGUAAUGAGAUACCUUUCCCCCAGAGCCUGCCUGUUGUUGACAGACAAGUGGUUUGUUGUGGCUUAUCUUUGGGUACUGGGUUAAGUAAGGUUUUUUUCCUCUAGUAAUAUUCUUUUCUUUCUUUCUUUCUUUCUUUCUUUCUUUCUUUCUUUCUUUCUUUCUUUCUUUCUUUCAUUCUCUUUUCAUUCUCUCAUUCAUAAUAUAGAGCUAGAUCCAAUUCUAGGCAGUAUCUUUAAUCUUCAUGGUAAACUUAGGAGAUGUGUAUUAUCUUCAUUUUAUAAAUAGGAGACUGAGACUUGACAGUAUUAGAGGACUUCCCCAAAGUAACAAGCCUAGUAAAGUGAUAGAGGGUUUCGUUAUUCAUUGUCAGACUCAUUUUGCAGAGAGGGAGGAGCUCAAGAGAGGUCAAAUUUCUUGCCCAGGGUACAUAGCUAGCAAGUGGCAGAGCUGGGAUUCAAACCGAGGCCUGAUCUAAAGCUUGCGCUCUGCCCACUGCAUCCUGCAGCCUUCAUGAACAUUUAGUGAGCACCAGUUGCGUGUCAGGUACCGUGCUACAUGCUGGGGUUGCAAAAAUGGGCAAGAUGUGACCUCUGUCUUUGAGGGGUGCACAGCACGCUGGACUGAGUCGUUAUCCAAAAUGUCUUGAGUGGAAGGUCGGAAGUUCAUUCCAGUUUUGCCAGAUGUCUGCCCUUAGAGUGGAACCUCCUUGGGCAGCUGUGGGGCCUGCCUUCACUCCUUUGAAGCGGCAUCCAGCUUCUCUUUGCUGUCUGACUCUUCUCAGAUCCCUUCCGUUGGGGGAGGUCUGCUCUUCUCCCUCUGCUUAUACUGGUAGAGCACAGUGUAUACAGCCAUUGAGGGUUCAAGGUCAGAAUCAGGUCAAAAAUGAAAGAAGCUAACCUAGUCUCCGCCCCCACUUACCUGUCCUCAGUCCAACCCCACUCACCAGCCCUGAGUAGCCAUCACACGAUCAGAAGGCAGCUGGGGGAAGAACAGGGAUAGACAUAGCAAUCAAGGAGCCUUUUUUGGGGUAAGCCACAUGGCGGGGCAUUGCGGCAGUCUUUCGUGAGUGGCCGAAAUCCCCCACUCACAGCAAAUGUGCUUCUCAAAGAUGCAGGAUUUUUUAAUAAACAGAGGAAAUGAUAAAUUAUGUUGUAACUCCACUCCAAAGGCAUUUGGUUCUUAACAGCCAAAUCCUCUGUAGUCUUUAAAUAAACAAAAACUUAUUUGGUGAACAGACGGGGUUGGGGGGUGGGGUGGAAAAUGAAAGAUUUUCUGUACUUGGGUCCCACAUGUCAACAAUUUCUCUCCUGUGUGUAUGUUGGCCAAAGCUGUAUAUCAUGAUAAAUGAAUAAAGGAAAACCUCGAGCCCAGGGCAGUCAGACAGCUCAGCGAAUGGCUUUCAGCUGAUUGCUCUAUUUCAGUUGACAUUUAUCAAAGAGUUUCUCUGUUCCUCCGUGCCGGGCUGCAGUGGUGGCAGGGACCGGGAUGAGACUACCUGUUUGGAUCUGCUGAGUAAUGAGUAAUGCUGGAGCAAUGCCUUCUCCCUCUCUCCUUCCUUGAACCUCCUUCUUUCAAAAGGAAAAGCUGGGGAUGGGAAUUCCUACCCUCGCCAGAAGGAUUAACCACCUCCUCCAUUCAGCUCACCGGCUUUCCAAGUCCCAUGAAACAUACAGGCCAGAGAGAAUUCAAAGACUUCUGUCCCGUUUUUUUUUCCUUUUUACAUGCUUGUGUGUGUGUGUGUUUGUGUGUGUUAGAAGUUACAAAAGAAACUGGAAUAUAAAAAGUUAAAAGACAGACUUCUUGUUAAGUUCCCAAUCUUACUCCCCUUUAAUGAUUAGAUGUGUAUUCUUCCAGACAUUUAUACGUACAUAAUUUUUAAAAAGCAGGGAAGGGAACUAUUCUGUUCAUAUUCUGAAGCUUGCUUUUUUUUUUUUUUUAACUCAACAACACAUGAUGGCCAUCUGCUCAUAUGUGAACAUGGAGAUACAACUUACCCCUUUUUCAUUGCAGUGUGGUAUUCCAUACUAUGAAUGUACCUUAACUUAUUUCACUGCUACCCCUAUGAUAUUUUUUAAAAAUAUCAUUUUUAAAAUGAUAUUUAAAUAUCAUUUUAAAAUGGCGCAGUCGGGUUGGGUAUCUGACUCUUGGUUUUGGCUCGGGUCAUGAUCUCGGUCGUGGGAUUGAGCUCCGUGUGGGCUCCAUGCAUGAGUCUGCUUGGGUCUCUUUCUUCCUCUCCCUUUUGUCUCCCGCUGCUCCCCCCAAAUAAAUAAAUCUUUAAAAAAAAUCAUUUUACAUGCAUUGGAGGAUGUUUUUAUUUAAAGAUGAUUAUUUUUGCUUUUUCAGAAAAAAGAACCCCUAUUCUAAGUUUAUCUGUUUUGGUGAGUUUUACCUACUCUUCCUCAACCUCAGACUAACCUUUACUGAAUGCCUACCUUAGAGCAGGUGCCAUGCUGGACACUUACUAGAGUUAAACUGAGCAGUGUCAGCUGGUGUAAGUAUUGCUCCUAUCUGUUUACGUAUGAGAAAACCAAGAUUCAGAAUGGGCAUUCAGCUUGUCCAAGGUCACACAGCUAGUCAGUGCCAGAAGUUUGAAACUCAGAUCUGACUUUGAAGUAGAUCCUUAAUCAGUGCACUUCAGUUUGUAAGUCUUCACCACUUACUCGAAAUGCACUGCUCCAGGCCCUGAGGGUGAUAGAAGAGAAGCAGAAAGCUCACUCUCAUAAAACAAUUAGCUAUUUCUAAUAAAGGUGUAUGUUGAAAGCUGCACAGGAGGCGGCACAUGGUAAACACUGAAGGGAUGAUGGUAAAGGUUUAUAUUUGCAUAUUUCCACCUCCUACCUGUUUGGCAGACUCCCCUAGAACUUGUAAGAGAACCAGUGAAUAAUGACAAUAACGACAGGAAUAGUGUCGAUGGUACCAAUAACUCAUUGGCUUGGUCCUUUUUAGUUUUCAAAGUGCUCCUACCUCUAGCCCAUUGAAACCACUGAGCGAAGCUUUGCAGUUUCUUUUGCUCUAAUACGUGGUCAGUUUCCAUGAUGUGCACCAAAAGGUACAGUCUCUGGGGGAGGGGUACAAAUUUUGAUAUGUACACAGGAAAUGUAGUUUAUAUUAGGUUUUCUGUAUUUUUUGGCCUGUUGGUGAGUGUGAGACUGACUAGCAUUCGUAUUUCUUCUUGCACUUCCGGUAGUUUCUGCUGGAUGACUUGCUGCCGGGUUGUCUGGUGCCCAGAGAGUCUGGCUCUUCUCUCGUCUUCAUCUCACUCCGUGCUUGGAGUCUGAGUUCUGUCUUGUCCUCUAUCAAGCUCACAGCCCACGCUUGCUUUUUGUUUACAUUUGCUUGGUAUAGCUUUCCCGUUCCUUUGUAGGUUUCCAAAUGACUAUUUUAGGCGUGGUUUCUGUUUUAGAGCUGGGUUUUGUUCUAUGAUCCAUUUGGAAACUCCUUUUAAAAAUGACCUCUAUUUUUAAUUGUGAUAAAAUACCCUUUACACUUGCCACCUUAACCAUUUGUAAGUACACAGUUCAGCAGUAGUACGUACAUUCACGUCCUGCAAGGAGGAGACCUCCAGAACUCUCUUCAUUUUUGUGUCUGGUUUCUUUCACUCAGCACAAUGUCUUCCAGGUUCAUCCAUGUUGUGGCAGGUGUCAGAAUCUCUUUCCUUUUUAAGGCUGAAUAGUGUUCCACUGCAUGUACGUGUAAAACUCCUUUUCGUUUAGGAGGUGACUGACCUAAACUCGUUCACAUUUAUUGAUUAUCCUGAAAUGUUUAGUAGAAGCCUACAGUUACUCUUUUUUUUUCUUUUUCUUUUCUUUUCUUUUUUUUUUUUUGCACGCAGUAUUAACGCUAGGUGGUUGGGUGUCUGAACCCUUAGCAGAUGAGGGGCUAGAUGUUAGGUUGGGGAAAAAGGUUGCUUCUGCACAGAGGAGGCUGCCUGCUUGUUGAAUGAACAAAGAAGUGGCAAUCCCUGGCCCUCAUAUUCCUCUGUUUUGGUCUUUGUUUUAAUUCGUCAUGUGCUGUCGGGUUAGCUCAAGCUGAGACGUAGCCUUCAUCACACCCCUCCUGCUCCACACCCUUCAGUGGCUCCCUGUUGCCUGCCGAAUUGUGUACCGACCUCACCCGGCGUAACUUCAGAGGCUAAGCCUCUGUAUCUCUUCAGUUGUGAUACGCCUCUCACAACUACCCUAAGGCAACCAGUGCUUAAGCUCAAUGCUAUUAUUACCUUUUCUGAAUUUUUGUGCCACUUUCCUCCCCCUCCAUGUCUUGUCUCAGGCUGUUUGCCUGCUAGGCACUCCCUUAGAUCGCUGCCCCACCCAAUAGGCAAAAUCUGUCUAGCCUUCCCAGCUCUUUUUGGUCCCACAUCCUUGCACUAACUCAUUUACUUCUUUAUCUUGACGUUUCUCCUGAUCCCUAAAUGCGUGUGUAUGCCCACUGACCUGCAUAUGCCUCAAGCACCCCCAAACUCAGCCAGCCCCCUCUGGAGUACAUGUCCCCGCCAGCCCUGCUCACUCUCCUGCGUUGCCACUUGGGAAUGCCUUCGCUGUCCACCCAGGUGCCAAGCCAAGACACUGGAAGCACCUGCACCUCCCUCUCCCACACACUCUCAUCCAGGAGGUCACCAAGUCCCGUUAGGUCUGCUUUCAAAGUGCUCUUCUUUCUGGGCACAUCCUCGAACCAGGGAACAGAAGUGUCAAAUGUUUCAGGCUGGCCUCGCCUGUGUCUCUGGCCUUUCUCAGAGACAGAACACUACCAGCACUAGAUAAGCCUCGUGUCCCUGGAAAGAAAGUUCCCUGUUCUUUUCAUCUUUGCAUCCCCUGCCUAGCACUGUGCUUGGCUCAGAGCAGCUGCUAAGGAAACGUUUGUCCAAUUGUAACAGGCCUGCCUGGCCUUGAAUACAAAUGAAGUCAAUUUACAUCAAUAACCCAAAGUUUCCCUAAUUACUCUCACCUGCUUGCUCAGACCUCCAACCUCAUCUGCUGAGUCGACUUCCAGAAUUUCAGGGCAUCUCAAGGCUGCCUCCCAUGGUGUCCAUGGUCACUGGCAUCCACCCGGCUCCUCUGCUGUCCAGGUUCCCCUUUGCUGGCAUCUGCGGCCAUGAAUGCCACCUGGAGCUUCGCCUUUGCUCCCACUGGGAGUGUCCAUGUCCGUGACUGGAGUGCCAGCUCCUGGGCUUGGGGUGCCUGAACGAGCUAGGUGGGGUCCUGAGGAGGCAGGGGGCCAUGCCACCCUUGGCUCCUGCAAAGCAGCCUUGCUGGGGUCCAAGGCCUAAGGCUCCUUCCCAGGCCGGUACCCCCCACCCCGACGUGCAGCUCACAGCCUGCCUGCCCCCGGCCCCUGGGUGGCGUGGUUCACGUUCCUUCUCUCCCUUCCAGGGCUCUAGCCUCAGCCCAAAUUGCCCCCCGACUUUGUGAUCAUAAUACUCAUAGUGGCUAACAGUCCUGGACUUUUCCUGUGUGUGAGGCAGCUCUAGGAAGCUAGUUAUUAUUUUGCUCAUUUUACAAAAGAGGAAAGUGAAGCACAGCAAGGGGUUAAAUUGUCCAUUGGCACACAGGACCAGAGGAAAGCACGAAAUGCAGGGGGUCUGGUGCCUGACCCCCAGCCAGGCAGCCUCCAGAAGUUCUUUCAGGGAAGAGACCAGAGGGGCCCCAUGAGGUGUGGGAGUGGCCAACGAGCUAUGGGUCCUGUCCCAGCUUUGCCCUUUCUGCCCAAAGUAGAGGUCACUCCCUUUUCCCACGGGGCUUGCUCAAGAUCAGGGGUUUCCAACUGGGCCGGUCCCUGACAACAUCUUCACCCAUUUGGGGCAGAGUAAGUAAAAUACACGUAAUGUUGCAAAUGUCAUAAAAUUAAAUUGA